GUGAGGAGCGUUCCAUUCGGCCAGCGGUGGGCGGUUGCCACGGCUGGUUUAGGGACCCGACCAUUGGGGCUCCUUGUCCGGAGGAGGCAGCCUCCGGGCUGGGGAGAAGCCGCUGCCACCUCGGGCGGCCGACGCGGUGCCCUGGGACAGUGCACUUCCUGGCCUCGCUUCCCGGCCGAGUUCGGUCUCCGGGGUUCAGGCCCGGUUCCCCUUCCUGGUCUCUCUUCUCCCGCUGGGCCGGUUUAUCAGGAGAAGAUUGUUUUCCAGGGCCAGGAAUUGGACUUCUGAUGAUGUUUGACCCAGCGGCAGCAAUAGCAGGCAACUUGAUUUCAAAGCUGGGCUCAGCUUUUGCUUCUUCCCUCUUGUAAUCACAAAACCCAUUUUGGAUCAGGAAUUCCAGUCAUGUCUGUGAUGGUGGUGAGAAAGAAGGUGACACGGAAAUGGGAGAAACUCCCAGGCAGGAACACCUUCUGCUGUGAUGGCCGCGUCAUGAUGGCCCGGCAAAAGGGCAUCUUCUAUUUGACCCUCUUCCUCAUCCUCGGAACGUGUACACUCUUCUUCGCCUUCGAAUGCCGCUAUCUGGCUGUCCAGCUGUCUCCUGCCAUCCCUGUGUUUGCUGCAAUGCUCUUCCUUUUCUCCAUGGCUACACUGUUGAGGACCAGCUUCAGUGAUCCUGGAGUGAUCCCUCGGGCCCUACCAGAUGAAGCAGCUUUCAUAGAAAUGGAGAUAGAAGCUACCAAUGGUGCGGUACCCCAAGGCCAGCGACCACCCCCUCGUAUCAAGAAUUUCCAGAUAAACAACCAGAUUGUGAAGCUGAAAUACUGUUAUACAUGCAAGAUCUUCCGGCCUCCGCGGGCCUCUCAUUGCAGCAUCUGUGACAACUGUGUGGAGCGCUUCGACCAUCACUGCCCCUGGGUGGGGAACUGUGUUGGAAAGAGGAACUACCGCUACUUCUACCUCUUCAUUCUUUCUCUGUCCCUCCUCACCAUCUAUGUCUUUGCCUUCAACAUCGUCUACGUGGCCCUCAAAUCCUUGAAAAUUGGCUUCCUGGAGACAUUGAAAGAAACUCCUGGAACUGUUCUAGAAGUACUCAUUUGCUUCUUCACACUCUGGUCCGUCGUGGGACUGACUGGAUUCCACACUUUCCUUGUGGCUCUCAACCAAACAACCAAUGAAGACAUCAAAGGCUCAUGGACAGGGAAGAAUCGUGUCCAGAAUCCCUAUAGCCAUGGCAACAUUGUGAAGAACUGCUGUGAAGUGCUGUGUGGCCCCUUGCCCCCCAGUGUGCUGGAUCGGAGGGGUAUUUUGCCACUGGAGGAAAGUGGAAGUCGACCUCCCAGUACCCAAGAGGCCAGUACCAGCCUCUUGCCUCAGAGCCCAGUUCCAACAGACCAUCUAAACUCCAAUGAGAUGCCGGAGGACACCAGCACUCCUGAAGAGAUGCCACCCCCAGAGCCCCCAGAGCCCCCACAGGAGGUGACUGAAGCUGAGAAGUAACCUAUCUAUGGAAGAGACUUUUGUUGUGUUUGAUUAGGGCUGUGAGAAAUUUAAUGGGAGAAGAUAAACUUGAGACAGAGAGCAAGUAAGCUGUUCUUAUUACUGUUUUUCUUUGGUCUUUAUACACCCAGUCGCAAACUGGCAUUUUCUUGCUGCAAGCUAUUUUUAAUUUCUGGACUCCAAGCAGUCACAGAAGAUGUCAGUCACCUCUGGUAACUGGACAAAUGGGUCCCUUGGGCCCUGGCACUGGUUUUCCAUGGCCUCAGCCACGGAGUCUCCUUGGACUCCCCUCUCUUCCCUCCAGAUCCCAGCUCUCCUGCUCUGGGUCACCGGCCCAAUUCUGGGGUAAAGGUUCUUGAGACUGGCUCAAAUCCUCUCAAGCUGCUGCACGUCAUGAGUCCAGAGGCAGUCACAGAGAACUCUGGCCUGGGAAUUCUAACUGGAUUCUUGAGGCCCUCAGAAGGGAGGAGGAUGGAGAGUGGGGUUGGAAGAUUCGCCUGGCUACGAAGUGCCAACAUUGCCAGCAAAUCCUUUCAAGAAUGGGGCAGGUAGCUUCCACUUGUUGUAUUUAUUCGUGUAGCUUCUCCUUUGUCCCCUGUCCGCUCUCUAACACCCAACCUCCACUCUUUUCCAAUGAGAUAUAUGUAAGUAGUUGCAGUAUAGAUAACAAUUCACAUUUCUCGUAGACUACCCAGAAACUUUUUAACACCUGUGCCAUUCUCAGUAAGAACUUAUGAGAUGCCAACAGCAUGGCCCCUUGAACGCUCUGUCUCAUCUCUCCUACUCUCUCAUUAGCCCCUUUUAAUUUGUUUUCCUUUUGACUCUUGUUCCCGUUGGGAGCAGGAACGGCAGUAAUAAAAGUCUGCACUUUGGUGGUUCCUUUUCCUCAGAGGAAGCCCGAGUGCUCACUUAAACACUACCCCCUCAGACUCCCUACGUGAGGCCUGCAGUGGCCCUGUAUGCACAAAUGGGGAAACCAAGGCACAGAGAGGCUCUCCUCUCCUCUCCUCUCCCCCUACAUCCCCUCAAAAAAGAAAAAAAAAAAAAGAAAAAAAAGAAUAACCAGUACUUCCAUGAGGCCUCGGCUGAGUGAGGAGGGAAAGCCCCGCACUGCUGCCCUCCCGGGUGACCCACUCCAAGGCCUUGGCCCACCUCGGGCUUGGUAACCACACCGGGGGCUUCCUCCAGGCCCCGCUCUUCCAGCACUUCCACCGGCAGAGUCCCAGAGCCGCUUCACCUUGGGGGUGGGCUGUGGCCCCCAGUCAGCUCUGCUCAGGACCUGCUCUAUUUCAGGGAAGAAGAUUUAUGUAUUAUAUGUGGCUAUAUUUCCUAGAGCACCUGUGUUUUUCUCUUUCUAAGCCAGGGUCCUGUCUGGAUGACUUCUGGGGAGGGGGGGAGUGUAAACCAGAACUUUUAAUCUAUUUGAAGGUGAUUAAACUGUGUCUAAUGCAAACUGCCUGCCUCCUCCUUCCCCCUUCCAUUUC